AUGGCGGAAUUGAACGGUAAAAGGCCAUUUCAAGAAGUAGUUGACAUUUCUGAUGAAGAAACUACAGCUAAAAGGCCCUAUUUGGAUGAGACCGACACAUCAUCGAGCGGAGAUGACUUAGUUGAAGAUUACUCGGAGGCCGAAAAUAUCGUGGGACAUGCAGUAGAUUCAAGCAGUUAUGCCAAAUGGCAAAACACGAUAUCGAAAGUAGUAAGCUCAGUCGUCUCUAUACAUUUCUCACAAGUCGCGCCGUUCGACUGCGAUCCUGCUUUGGUAUCAGAAGCCACGGGAUUUGUGGUAGAUUCAGACAUCGGCAUAAUUCUUACCAACAGACAUGUGGUUGGAGCGGGUCCAUUUGUGGGCUACGCUGUUUUCGACAAUCACGAAGAAUGUGACGUGAAACCCAUUUACAGAGACCCGGUUCAUGAUUUCGGGUUUCUGAAAUUCGAUCCUAAAAGCAUCAAAUACAUGAACGUGCAAGCUCUCGAGAUAAGACCUUCGCUGGCUAAGGUUGGCUCUGAAAUCAGAGUCAUUGGUAAUGACGCUGGUGAAAAGCUCAGUAUUUUGGCAGGCUUUAUAAGCAGACUUGACAGAAAUGCACCUGACUAUGGUGAAUUAACCUACAAUGACUUUAAUACCGAAUACAUUCAAGCCGCCGCCUCGGCCUCAGGUGGCUCCUCGGGGUCUCCUGUCGUCAAUGUCGAUGGACACGCAGUUGCGCUCCAAGCUGGUGGCUCUACAGAGGCCUCUACCGACUUUUUCUUGCCUGUUGAUAGAAUAUUGCGUGCAUUAAACUGUGUACGCGAGGGAAAACCUGUCACGAGAGGUACUAUUCAAACGCAGUGGCUUUUGAAGCCUUUCGAUGAAUGUAGGAGACUUGGUUUGACUUCAAAUCGGGAAAGUGACGCACGGAAGGCUUUUCCAGAUAGAAUAGGACUACUUGUUGCCGAGACCAUAUUGAGAGAAGGGCCAGCAGAUGGCAAGAUCAAAGAAGGUGAUACGUUAAUUUCAAUCAACGGGGAUCUAAUCGCUUCUUUCAUUCAGGUUGACGACAUUUUGGAUAGCAGCGUUGGCAAAGACAUUAACAUUCUAGUUCAAAGAGGUGGCCGUGAUAUUGCAUUAACUUGUACAGUAGGCGACUUACACAGCAUUACGCCCGCCAGGUACCUUGAAGUGUGUGGCGCGUCUUUUAAUGACCUUUCAUACCAGAUGGCUCGCUUUUACGCUCUUCCCGUACGAGGCGUAUUUCUGAGUAGUGCAUCUGGUUCUUUCAACUUUGAUUCGAAGGAGAAAAUUGGGUGGAUCGUCGAUGCUAUAGAUAAUAAAGAAACGCCCACUCUUGAUGAUUUCAUCGAGGUUAUGAAGCAAAUCCCUGAUAGAAACCGUGUGACAGUGCGAUACCACCAUCUGACAGAUCAGCACUCUCCACACGUCACGACCAUUUACAUUGAUAGGCACUGGUGCAGUGAAUUUAGACUGUACGAACGUAAUGAUGAGACUGGAAUUUGGGACUACACGAAUUUAGCCGAUCCUAUUCCGCCUCAAGGGAUUGUACCGCAUCAAGCUAAAUUCAUCGAUUUACCUAUUGAAAAUAAAGCACUUUCAACCUUGGCAAGAAGCUUGGUCAUGGUGAGUAGCGUAUCUCCAAUUCCACUUGACUCACUCUCGGCGGAACCUAGAAAAAGUUCAGGUCUUGUCAUUGAUGCAAAAAAGGGUUAUGUGGUUGUCUCACGGAGGACCAUACCUCACUAUUGUUUGGAUGUGUUUGUCACCUUUGCGGAUUCGGUGAUUAUUCCAGCAUCUAUUGUUUUCCUACAUCCUACUCAGAAUUACGCUGUGAUUAAAUAUGAUCCAGCUCUCAUUGAGGCCGAUGUUGUGACGCCAAAAUUCUCUUUCACAAGAUUGGAGCGCGGUGAUAAAGCUCAAUUUAUUGGAUACACUCAUAACAGCAGGUUGGUCUCUUCUGAUACCAAAGUGACUGAUAUAUCAUCUUUAAGCAUACCCAGCAAUUUGAUUCCAAGAUAUCGCGCUACCAAUCUAGAAGCAAUUGGAAUCGAUUGCAACGUUAGCACAAGGUGUAAUUCUGGUAUCAUUGCAGAUGAAGAUGGUACUGUACGUGCCCUCUGGUUGUCUUUUUUAGGUGAAAUUCAGGACGGUAAAGAAAAAGUGUACCUUAUGGGAUUGGAUUUGACGGAUAUGCGAGAAGCGAUUUUAAUUCUUAAAGCGGGUCAAACGCCCAAGGUAAACAUUGUUGAUGCAGGCUUUGGAUCGAUCACACCUUUGAAAGCCAGAAUUCGUGGGGUUCCUGAAGAAUGGAUCAAGAGAAUGGAAGACGAGUCUGAGGACAGAUUUCAAUUCAUGACUGUUACUAGGGUGUCUUUUGCGGUUGAAAAAACUCUUGCACCAGGCGACGUUAUUCUUUCUGUCAACGAUAAACUUGUCAAAGAAAUGCGUGAUCUUGAUGGCAUAAUUACAACAGAGGACGACGCCAGUGCACCUCAGACACUAGCAUUUAAAGUGAUGCGCGGGGGCAAAAUUUUAAAUCUUAGCGUGAAGACGCGGCAAAUCACCGAAACAGACCAUCUGGUCGUAUUUGCGGGUUGUAUUCUUCAAGCACCUCAUCACGCGGUUUUGCAGGCCAUGUUGCAAAUACCAAGCCGUGUGUAUUGUACUUUCCGAGGUCAAUCGUCACCAGCCACGCAAUACGGGAUUUCAUCUACCAAUUUCAUCACGCAUAUCAACGAGAUUGAGACUCCUGAUCUAGACACGUUUUCGAGCGUUAUAAAGCAAAUCCCAGACAACACCUAUUGCAAAAUUCGUCUUGUCACUUUCGACAAUGUGCCAUUUGCCAUUUCGCUCAAGACCAACUACCACUACUUCCCAACGGCAGACUUGAAAAAGGAUCCAGUAUCAGGAAAGUGGAUCGAGUCUGAGUUAACAAAAACGGAGGCAAAAGCAUAG